UCGGCGGCGGCUGCUGCUGCCUGUGGCCCGGGCGGCUGGGAGAAGCGGAGUGUUGGUGAGUGACGCGGCGGAGGUGUAGUUUGACGCGGUGUGUUACGUGGGGGAGAGAAUAAAACUCCAGCGAGAUCCGGGCCGCGAACGAAAGCAGUGACGGAGGAGCUUGUACCACCGGUAACUAAAUGACCAUGGAAUCUGGAGCAGAGAACCAGCAGAGUGGAGAUGCAGCUGUAACAGAAGCUGAAAACCAGCAAAUGACAGUUCAAGCCCAGCCACAGAUUGCCACAUUAGCCCAGGUAUCUAUGCCAGCAGCUCAUGCAACAUCAUCUGCUCCCACCGUAACUUUAGUACAGCUGCCCAAUGGGCAGACAGUUCAAGUCCAUGGCGUUAUUCAGGCGGCCCAGCCAUCAGUUAUUCAGUCUCCACAAGUCCAGACAGUUCAGAUUUCAACUAUUGCAGAAAGUGAAGAUUCACAGGAGUCAGUGGAUAGUGUAACUGAUUCCCAAAAACGAAGAGAAAUUCUUUCAAGGAGGCCUUCCUACAGGAAAAUUUUGAAUGACUUAUCUUCAGAUGCACCAGGAGUGCCAAGGAUUGAAGAAGAGAAGUCUGAAGAGGAGACUUCAGCACCUGCCAUCACCACUGUAACGGUGCCAACUCCGAUUUACCAAACUAGCAGCGGACAGUAUAUUGCCAUUACCCAGGGAGGAGCAAUACAACUGGCUAACAAUGGUACCGAUGGGGUACAGGGCCUGCAAACAUUAACCAUGACCAAUGCAGCUGCCACUCAGCCGGGUACUACCAUCCUACAGUAUGCACAGACCACUGAUGGACAGCAGAUCUUAGUGCCCAGCAACCAAGUCGUUGUUCAAGCUGCCUCUGGAGAUGUACAGACAUACCAGAUUCGCACAGCACCCACUAGCACCAUUGCCCCUGGAGUUGUUAUGGCAUCCUCCCCAGCACUUCCUACACAACCUGCUGAAGAAGCAGCACGAAAGAGAGAGGUUCGCCUAAUGAAGAACAGGGAAGCAGCACGAGAGUGUCGUAGAAAGAAGAAAGAAUAUGUGAAAUGUUUAGAAAACAGAGUGGCAGUGCUUGAAAACCAAAAUAAGACACUCAUUGAGGAGCUAAAAGCACUUAAGGACCUUUACUGCCACAAAUCAGAUUAAUUUGGGAUUUAAAUUUCACCUGUUACGGUGGAAAAGGACUGGCUUGGCCACAACAAGAAAGACAAAAUAAACAUUUUAUUUUCUAAACAUUUCUUUUUUUCUAUGCGCAAAACUGCCUGAAAGCUACAGAAUUUCAUUCAUUUGUGCUUUUGCAUUAAACUGUGAAUGUUCCAACACCUGCCUCCACUUCUCCCCUCAAGAAAUUUUCAGCACCAGGAAUCAUGAAGAGACUUCUGCUUUUCAUCCCCCUCCCUCUUCAAGAAGUAAUCAUUUGUUUACUUGUAAAUUGAUGGGGGAAAUGAGGAAAAGAAAAUUUUUUUAAAAUGAUUUCAAGGUUUGUGCUGAGCUCCUUGAUUGCCUUAGGGACAGAAUUACCCCAGCCUCUUGAGCUGAAGUAAUGUGUGGGCCGCAUGCAUAAAGUAAGUAAGGUGCAAUGAAGAAGUGUUGAUUGCCAAAUUGACAUGUUUUCACAUUUUCAUUGUGAAUUAUGUAAAAUUGUUAAGGAACAUACCCUCUAAAAAAGAAUUUUAGUAUGGUGUUGAAGAAAUUAAGAAUGAAUUCGGAGUGCUUUCUAUGUACAUUCUCUUCUUCAAUACUGAAAACUUGUCCUUGGUUCUUAAAAACAUUCUGUGUUAACUAUAGCUCUUCCAUAGGGCAGUUGUUGCUUCUUAAUUCAGUUCUGUAUGUGUUCAACAUUUUUGAAUACAUUAAAAGAAGUAACCAACUGAAUGAAAAAGCAUGGUAUUUUAAUUUUAAAUUAAAUUGAAGUAAAUAAAAGUACAAAGCUUGUUUUAGUUAGUACUAAAUUCUUAGUAAAAAGAUGCUCAUUAGUAAACCAGCCCCUUGAGUUAUAUAACAAGGUUUUUAAAUAAAUGUUUUUGUCAUCGCCUUCAGAAAAUAUUUAUGUCACUCAUUUACUUAAAAAGAUAUUUCUAAUUAAACUGUUCACAUUUGCACUUACAUUAUACCACCAACAGGAAAGCCUUCAAGAUGUUAAAUAAAACAAAAUGAUAUAUUUG